GCAGGAGAAGGAGGUAGCGGGGAAGAUGCGGUCAUGCGUUACAGAAUCUCAGAACCUUUAGCAACUACCUACUACUGCUACGGCUUCGACUGCCUUUGGUCACUCAGUCGACUGGAUCGGAUCGAACAGGACGCUACAUCUGGCGGGUCGUCCUUUCCUAACAAACUGUCGAUUGGUUGGAAUUUGAACAAAUCAGCUUCGAUUACUUUUAGGCGCGAUUUUUUCAAACAAUUUUGUGAUUUUCAAACAAAUUUCCUCAAACCCGCUGAAACCGGUAGUUUACCCGAAAAUCUUCGGUUGAACAAAAAAUAAAAAUAAAAGGGAGCAUUGUUCUCCACUUUCUUUUAUUUGGGACUCAAGUGUUCGGAAAAGUUCGUCAAAAUUCCGCUGUACCGGGACCACUCGUUGCACCUCUAUCAGCUCGUGUACCGAGCGAAUAGACGACGCCGGACAAUGCACACCAUACUGUACAACGAGAAAUUCUUCAUCGAAAACUACCCCCACGUGGACGAUGACGACGAGCUGUACCUGAACUACGACUGGUCCUCAGACUCGAUAUCACUUAAAAGCAACAUGAGUGGUUCCACCGGAUCGGAUCCAGACGGCAGUGGGGAAAGGCUCUCGCUUGCGUACGAAAAGCUCUCGCAAAUUCCACGCAAAAUUGCGGAAAAGUUCUCGCGGACCACCACGAUACUGGAUCUGAGCUACAAUAAUCUCAAAGAUCUCUCGUUCCUGUCCUACUUCCGGCAGCUGAACACACUCAUCCUGGACCACAACGAUCUGCCGGACGAGAAGACGUUCCCCUCGCUGCCCAACCUGGAGCUGCUCUGGCUCAACCACUGCAACAUCGAAAACGUCCAGGACUGGGUGUACCGAAUUCGCGAGUGCUGCCCCUCGCUCCGUUAUCUGUCCCUCCUCGGGAACCCCGGCGCGACGUCCUCCUUCAACGGGAACUCCACGCUGGAACACAACGACUACCAGAUGAUGGUGCUGGCGGUGCUGCCCCAGUUGCGCCACCUGGACGACGCCGAAGUGAACUCGAGCCAGCGGGCCCAGGCGCGACAGUUCAAGCACAGCUACAAUCUGGGCCAGACGCCGUUCAACAUCUUCGAGAGCAUUGGCCGGGGUCAGCAGCAGGCGAAUAAGAGGGCGUCGGUGAGGCGACGACGCCUGCGGGAUCCCAAGGAGGAGGAGGAUUCCUAGAUGAACUUGGGGUUUUUCUUGUUGACUGAACCAAAGUUUAGCAUUUACAUUGCAAGCAUCGAAUAUUCGUUUGGAAUUAAGAGACUUCAUGUGCACGCCAUAUUGUAUCUCCAACGUAGUUUUAAUUGUAUUUUAUACAAAAUAUUUUAAACUGUAAUUUUUACACUCGGUUUGUACCUAACAAUUUCAAUUAUACUGAAAGCAGAUUUAAAGAAAAAAUCUUAAUUGUUUU